UCCUACUCCAAUUUCCAUCUCUUUUUUCUACUUUCCAUAAAUCAACCAAAAAAAUUCUCCCAAUAUGAUGAUGCAUUCAGUUGGUUAUUCCAUAUGCAUGAUUUUUUGGUUUCUUUUUUGUGUUGUAAUUGGAUCUGAAUCAGUUAAUUCAGAAUCUAUUGCGAGAAAUUCUCUUGAUUCCUUAAUUCAAGAAUAUGCAUUCAAGGCAUUGUCAUGGCCAAGAACAAAAACAGGUACAGUUUAUGAAGGAACUGUUCCUUCCAAUUUGUCUGGAAUUAAAAUUUCGGCGUUGAUGCUUAGAAGAGAUAGCUUAAAAUGGAGAGGAUAUGGCUACUAUCACGAAUUUCUUAUUCCGACUGGAAUCACUGUGGAGCCUUAUGUAACAAGAAUCGUUCUUGUCUACCAAAAUCUUGGUAAUUGGUCCUCCUUUUAUUAUCCUUUACCGUCUGGUUACAUUUAUCAAACACCAAUAUUAGGUAUUUUGACUUAUGAUGCGAUGGAUAUGUGUGCCAAAAAUAAAUCAAGACUUCAAAUCCAUGCAUUACAAAAUCCUUUAAACAUCAAGUUCAGUAAUGUGCAGCUUGAAUCAGAGGAGCCUUCUUUGCUCAAGUGUGUUUAUUUUAAUUCGAAUAAGUUCAUCGAAUUUGGAAAUGUGACAAAUGGUAAUAUAUGUUCAACUAGAAAACAAGGACAUUUUGCUAUAGUUGCUGAGGUGAAUGUUGCUCCUAGCCCCGCUCCGUCUGCUGAUGGAAAUGAUCAUCAACUUAUCACCUCUGAGGUCUGGACUAUUUCAUUGGGAUUUUUAGGUUUCGCUUUUUUGGUAGUAGUAUUUGUUUUUGCCCAAAAUUGUAUAUUAGUCGAAAGAAGACCGAUCUUUUUGGAAGAUUCGGCAACAAUUAUUGUACCCUUACUUACUGAGGUACCAUUGUCAGAGGAAGGUCUGUCCAGAUCUUUGCCGGAGAAUGAUUAUGCGAUUAGGCCGUUGCCGGAGAACGACUAUAUGGCUCAAAUUAAUCAACAACUUUAGUCAACAAUGUGUAUAUUAAUUGCCAGAAGUACAACCUUUUUUAUGUUAUAAAGGAACAAACUGACGAGGGUGGUGUAUAAAAUUUUUGCUAAGGUCUUCAAAUUUUCCAACUACGUAAAUCUUCUUUUUUC